AUGAGUUCAAGGUCUGAAAGGAUAAACUACUCUGUAGAUGGCUAUGUUUGUCAAUUUCCACCAAUAUUGCAAGAUUACAUCAAACAAGUAGAAGAUGUAAUACCUAAUGGAAAUUGCGGAUUUCGAGCAAUAGCUGUCUGUCUUCGUCUUGGCGAAGAUGCAUGGGCCACCAUCCGGUAUAACUUGAUGGAAGAGUUGAACACAUUUUGGGAUCAAUAUGUUGCAAUAUUUGGCAGUGAAGAGCGAGCAUAUCAUAUUCAAAACUCAUUGAACUUCUUUGCAACAGAUAGAGGAGCACCGGUUGAGCACUGGAUGACAAUGCCAGACAUGAGUCUCUUGAUUGCUUCGAGGUAUAAUGUCAUACUACACGUUCUUAGUCAGUUACAGAGCUUGACAUAUUUGCCACUUCGAUCAACUCCUCCACCGCUAUAUCAACAUGUUGCUAUAGCUAUUGGGCACGUAAAUAAUAAUCAUUACGUCUUGGUUGCAUUGACAAAGGGUUACCUGGUGCCUCUCAUUAUGUAUCAAUGGAAACACUUUCGGUAUGAUUGUAUAGCUACACGGGCUACGCCUUAUACGAAACAACUUGAUGCGUACAUGCAACAUACUCGUUCUAGGUUCCCUCCUGAAACUAUUGUGUUAGAAGAUUAG